GGACUGCUUGGCCUCAACAGAACAGGGUUCCUUUGGUCCCUGUGUGACAGUCUUUUUUCGUCAUCGCGUCAUGCGAUCCGGGGAGGUCGCGGAGCUCGGGGUUCACGAUGUUCGUUUUCCCCACCACUAAUAAACUCGGUUUAGCUGGCCCGCUGACGGGAAACUCAAAUUGCGGGGGAAGUCGAACAGAUGACCCUUUUCUACUUGAGGCGUCUUCCCACCCCUCCUUUUUUCAGCGAAGGCUUCAUGUGCUACGCUAUUCGGGUUGUUGUUUUUUUAGGCGUGUUUCAAUGGCACUCUGCUCACCAUGGUUCGUUUGGCGGCCAAGAUUUGGCGGCAACUUCCCCACACGGGAACCCCGCGUUAUGGGGUCUGGGGCUUUCGUGUCUUCGGUCAACGAACGCAUUUUGAAUCCAGCAAUCGGUCUUCUAUGAGCAUUGGUUUUUCCAGAGGGUUAAAUUAUGAAAAUCAGCCUCCCUAUAGUUCUGCGACAAGUCACAGUUCAAAUCUAGAUUCGAGCAUCAUGGCGAAAGGAAAGUUUGAGUCUGAUGAUAUGAAGGCGCUGAGGUAUUACGGAAAAGAAGAUAUUCGCCUCGAACGGAUUCCUAUUCCCGUCUGUGGGAAAAAUCAGAUCAAGCUCAAGCCAGCUUUUGUCGGAAUUUGUGGGACUGAUCUUCAUGAAUAUGUCCAUGGCCCCAAUCUGAUCCCCACCACGCCACAUCCCAUUACCAAAGAGAAGGCCCCGCUGGUCGUCGGGCACGAGUUCACAGGAGUGGUAGAAGAGGUGGGAGAGGAUGUCCAUGACAUUAAGCCGGGCCAGCAUGUUGUGGUGCAGCCAAUCAUCUAUGAUGGGACUUGUGGAGCGUGCAAAGAUGGCUUCAUAAACUGUUGCUACCAAAACGGUUUCAUCGGAGUGAGCGGAUGGGGCGGAGGCUUCUCAGAGCAUAUGACGGCUCCACGAGAUGCAGUAUACGUCUUACCAGAAAGCAUUCCGAUGGACAUCGGAGCCUUGAUUGAGCCCCUUUCUGUCGCAUGGCAUGCCAUUUCCAUCAGCCCUUUUAAGGAAGACGAUACGAUUUUGGUUCUCGGCGGUGGGCCGAUUGGAUUAGCAAUGUUACAAUGUUUGAUCGCGCGAGGUGCCAAAAACGUCAUCGUCUCCGAAGUAGCGGCCCAGCGACAACAGUAUGCGAAAAAUUUUGGUGCAAAGCACGUUUUCGACCCUACCAAAGUUGAUGUGGUGCAAGAAUGCCGUGACCUAACAAACGGUUAUGGUGUAGAUUUGGUAUUCGAUUGUGCAGGGGUCCAAGUCGGUCUCGACGCUGGCGUUCAGGCACUGAGAGCUCGAGGCACACUUGUCAAUGUCGCAGUAUGGGGCAGGAAAGCUACCAUACUUCCAGACGCUUUUGUGUUUCGAGAGAAGCGGUAUAUGGGCACGGCCACGUUUGUUCGCGGAGACUUUCCCGCCGUCAUUGACGCCCUCGCUACAGGGAAGCUUAACCCACGCAAUAUGAUUACCAGCAAAAUUAAGCUGGAUGACAUUGAGGAACAUGGCUACAAAGCCUUGAUAAACGAGAAGGAUCGGCAUGUGAAGAUCAUGGUGGACAUGAGCGCUCAAGCGUAGGGUACCAGUUAUUGUGCAUUGAUUCAGCACUUUUAAUAGGUUAAUCGGAAGAUCUGGGACAGCGGGUACCAGAAUGGUUGGCGUUUUACGAAUGUACCAAUAUUUCUUUUAGUCUCCUGUUAUGGAUUUGGUGUCAAAGAGGCUCGAGGUUGCUGCCUUAUUGAAGAGAAGAUACUUUGUUGCCUGGCAAAUGAUGCAAGCUCGGUCGCUUUCCCCAGAGUCGAGCAGGGGCUGUGUGAGGCGCAGGCGAUUGAGCCACGACACUAGAAGGGCCAAGCCACAAUUACUUUGCAAAAUUACAAUUGGCUCGCUUACCGA